ACCUCACCAACAACACCACAACUCUUCUAAUAUAUAGUCUCUAUGUACAUUUCUUUCUAUAUCUAGUGUCUCUAGCAUCAUUUAUUUUCAAUGGCAAUUGGGAUGGUGUUGUUAAAAUGCAUGUUUUUGAUGGUUUUGAGUGUGGAUUUUGUGAAAUCAGACAUAGAUAAAGAUAGAGAAGAGUGUGCCACACAAUUAGUUGGGUUAGCAACAUGCUUACCUUAUGUUGGUGGUACAGCUAAAGCUCCAACACCGGAUUGUUGUACCGGUCUUAAGCAAGUUCUUACUACUAGCAGGAAAUGCCUUUGUGUUCUUAUUAAAGACAGGAAUGAUCCUUCUCUUGGUCUCAAAAUCAACGCCACUCUUGCUUUGGGACUUCCUUCGGUUUGCAAAACCAAGGCGAACACUUCUGAGUGCCUUGCUCUACUACACUUGUCUCCCAAUUCACCUGAUGGUAAAGUAUUCGAAGAUCAUAACAGCAUGUCUAAUGGUACUACUACUACUGCACCGGCAUCCACGGAAACUCGAUUUUGUCAUCCGCAAGCAGUGGUGCUGAAAAUGGUGAAGAAAAAAACCAUUGAAAUUCAAUUAAGGAGUUCAACACCAAAGAAGUUAGCUAAAGCAUCAGCAGAGCCAAAUGUUACUCCAAGACUUAUUUCUAAAGCUACGAAUAAUCUGAAUUCAAGUUCUAGAAAUGUUGUCCUAGAUUUUGGUGAUGAUCCUAAGCCAACACAGCCAACUCAAGCAAGUGGUGGUGACAAUUUACAUGUGGGAGGCAGUCAAGGAAUUGUUGAUCUUCAAAAUGAUGUGGAACAAGCUCGUUUCUGGACAAAAGCUUCAAAAAAGUCAUUAAUUUAGAGGAAGGUUUUAAGGCAAUGCAGGAGUCAGU